GAGUCCGGCGGGGAGGUUUAAGAGCGUGGGGCGCGGGCAGUGGACAGCCCAACGCGCCGCGGGACCCGAGAUCCUGCGCGCCGGUCUGCGGGGCGGGGCAGGGCAGGGCGCACCGGGCAGGGCGCGCCGGGGGCCGCCACCCCACCAUGCUCAAGCGCUGCGGCCGACGCCUGCUGCUGGCGCUGGCGGGCGCGCUGCUCGCCUGCCUGCUGGUGCUCACGGCGGACCCGCCCCCGCCCCCGGUGCCCGCCGAGCGCGGCCGGCGAGCGCUGCGCAGCCUGGCGGGCCCCGCGGGGGCGGCCCCGGCUCCCGGGCUGGAGGCGGCGGCGGCGGCGGCGGCUCCCGCUGCGCUCGCCCGCGAGGUGCACAGUCUGUCCGAGUACUUCAGCCUGCUGACCCGCGCGCGCAGAGACGCGGGCCCGCCGCCCGGGGGCGCCCCCCGCCCCGCCGACGGCCACCCGCCGCCCCCAGCGGAGCCGCUGGCGCCCCACGACGUCUUCAUCGCGGUCAAGACCACCAGAAAGUUUCACCGCGCGCGCCUCGACCUGCUGCUGGAGACCUGGAUCUCGCGCCACAAGCAGAUGACGUUCAUUUUCACCGACGGGGAGGAUGAAGCCCUGGCCAGGCGCACCGGCAACGUGGUGAACACCAACUGCUCGGCUGCCCACAGCCGCCAGGCCCUGUCCUGCAAGAUGGCCGUGGAGUUCGACCACUUCAUGGAGUCCGGGAGGAAGUGGUUUUGUCACGUGGAUGAUGACAACUACGUCAACGUCAGGGCUUUGCUGCGGCUGCUGGCCAGCUACCCGCACACCCAGGACGUUUACAUUGGCAAGCCCAGUCUGGACAGGCCCAUCCAGGCCACCGAGAGGGUCAGCGAGAACACGAUGCGUCCCGUCCACUUCUGGUUUGCCACCGGUGGGGCUGGCUUCUGCAUCAGCCGGGGGCUGGCCCUGAAGAUGAGCCCGUGGGCCAGCAGGGGCCACUUCAUGAACACGGCCGAGCGCAUCCGCUUGCCGGACGACUGCACCAUCGGCUACAUCGUGGAGGCCCUCCUGGGGGUGCCCCUCAUCCGCAGCGGGCUCUUCCACUCCCACCUGGAGAACCUGCAGCAGGUGCCGGCCUCGGAGCUCCACGAGCAGGUGACCCUCAGCUACGGCAUGUUUGAAAAUAAGCGGAACGCCAUCCACGUGAAGGGGCCCUUCUCCGUGGAGGCCGACCCGUCCAGGUUCCGCUCCAUCCACUGCCACCUGUACCCAGACACGCCCUGGUGUCCUCACACCAGCAUCUUCUAGCCGCCACGGCUGAGACCCCGUCCUCGGGCGCCCCUGGUAUCCAAAGGGCCCGGGGACCCGUGUUGUGCCGCCCUGGCCUUGGCGUUCGAGGCUCCCCGGGGCUGUGCCUACGUCUGUGUGUGUGCCGUGCGCCGGUCCGUGGAGCAGACUGCUGGGCGGUCCUGUUCUGCAAGGGAGCGGGCCAAAGGGCCACUUGUCUGCGUUCCCACGUGCCUCGGGUCAGCGGGCUCCAGAGCCCCAUCCCGGAAGCACGUGCCUGCAUCGGAGGUCGCUCUGAGGGCAGUUUUCUUUACCAUCUCAGAGUCUUAGGGCAACAUGGGGAUUGGGGGCUGCUCUGCGUGGACCUGCAGGCUCUGUGCUGGGGCACCUGCGCCCUGAGAUCCUGGCCCCUCCUCGGAGCCCCCGGGACAACUGAGUGUUGCUCAGUGCAGGGAAGCCGGGUUCUGUAGGGGGCGUCCCGAGCCCCCUUCUCCCACUGAGCUCUGGCCCAGGCACUGGGAAGCAGAGAAACAGCACCUGGGUCCAGCCACUCCCGUUAAGCCCCUAGGGGCUGUGUGGCUAGGGGAACAGUGGCUCCCCUCCCGGCCAUCCUGGGUGGGGAGUCUCUCCAGCCCUCUCUGGUGUCUUCUCUUUGUCUCUUCCCACGAUGGGGAGACAGAGCUGAGCAUUUUAUCUCCUCUUUGAAGCAGAGAGAAAGUCGCCCAUAGUGGGUGUGUCUGUAAAUAUUUUGACAGUAUUUUUUUACUGUGCUGGUUUCUCAUAAGGGGGUGGGUAAAAAGUAGGGUGUUUUGUCGUUUUUUCUUGGGGGGGGGGCAGGUAUUAUUUUAUCUUUUCUGUGGAUCAGAAAAAGCAGAAGCCAAACGUGAGAUAUCUUUGUCGUUAAAGCUGAUGGAAAUGUCUAACACUGCACGUAUUUAUAUGUCCCGGGCUCUGGACUCUCCUCCCCCACCUCGUGCAUAGUACCUGUCUCCUGCAGGCCCAGCUUGGUGCACCUGGCCCGUGGGAUGUGUUUUGUCUUCUGUUUUUCCUUCUGCAAAGACAUAGGUAGGAAAGCGACAGAUAAUGGGAAAGUUCUCAGGGAAUUGAAGGGUGGUUGCUAUGGUGACGUCCUUUGCUGUGAAUAAAAGUGCUCUUUGGGGCAACCCCAGGGGGUCCUGGUUUUGCUGGAAGUUGGGCCUGAGGUGCAGGUCUGUCUGAGGUGGUUCCAGGGGACUGGGGGCUCAGGUACUCAUGUGGGGGAGGUGGAAAGAGGGGAAUCUGAAUAGCUCCUUGCAGGUGCCUGAGAGGCGUGGCCAGCCCUGGCCCCGCCCCCCUGUGGAUGUGGUGGUGGGGGCGGUGGUGGGGGGGUGGCUGGAUCCACAGGUCUCAUCCAGAGGAGCAGCCCUAAGGCUUUGCAGCUGCAGCCUGUGUUGGCCUGGCUCUAGGGGCUGCAGGGAGCCCAGCCCUCCCUGCAGGAGGGCUGGGGGCUUGUUGUGGCCCAGCUCGGACCUCCUUAUCUGGCUUCAUCCCCAUCACAAACCCAGAGACCAUGUCCUUGUCCCAUUUUGCAGAUGGGCGAAUUAAGGCUCAGAGCCAGUGACAGCCAAGGUUAGGUAACUGAACUGGGCCGGCAGGGUGGUAGAGACCUCAAACUCAGAGGCCUGGUGGGCCUUGGAUCCUGGCCUCCCCUUGUGCCGGGCACCCCACACUCGAUGAUCUGGGAGCUGGGCCCCCAUGCCACCCGGACAGGCCGCAGGAGGCUGGGCCAGGAUGUCCCCGGGCCUUGUUUCCUACAACAACCAGCUCCCCGAUGACCACUGCCCUUUCUUCCCCAAAUCCAGUGGAGGGUGGCAGGAGUAGGCAGGGGCUGGUCCUGCCUCAGCUGCGGCUUCCCUCCCCAGUCCCCAGCAGCCUGGGGACAGCCCUUGCGCCCUCUUCCUCUUGCUGAGUCCCAGCUGCCUCGGCCCCUCGACUCCAGGUUCCCAGACCUCCAUGCUCCCCACUCUGCUCCAAGC